UUCUUAUUGGGCCGUGGGUUAUUGAGCCCAUUUCGAUGACCGUUUGGUUUUUGUUGGGGGUUUUGAACACUCGUGACAGUGGUUUGGCUUGAUUUUGCGUUGAAGAGUGUAGAAUUUUGGCGUUGGUAUCUAUCUAUCUAUCUAUCAUGAGUUAUUUCCUGAGUAAACUUCUGCGUUUGAAUAGAAGCUCCGCCGUUGGAGCUGUGGGUAUCUUUGCUGUUGGUUCAACUUUACUCUGUUCCGAUAACCACACUAAUUCCAGAACGUUUGUACAUGCUCGGAUUCCUUUGCCAUUGCAAGAUAUAUCAUGGUUGACAUUGGCAACACCGUUUGAUUUGUUACCUCUACAUUUGCCAUCUUUCGACCAACAUGGGAUUCUCACGCUGUCUUCUUAUAGAGUUAACCCUGUUCCUUCUUCGGACAUAUCUAAGGAAACUUCCGGUGGUGUUAAUGAUGAAUCAAAGCCAUCUAAGGUAACUUUUGGUAGAGAUACUAUUGCAAAUGCUGCUGCUAAAGUUGGUCCAGCUGUUGUUAAUAUUUCGAUUCCACAAGAUUUCUAUGGUUUUGCUACAGGGAAGAGUAUUGGCUCUGGAACAAUCAUUAACAAAGAUGGUACAAUCUUGACAUGUGCUCAUGUUGUCGUUGAUUUUCAUGGCACAAAAGGUUCAUCCAAAGGGAAGAUUGAAGUCACUUUGCAAGAUGGAAGGACAUUUGAGGGGAAAGUGGUGAAUGCUGACAUGCAUUCAGAUAUUGCUGUUGUGAAGAUAAAUUCUGAAACCCCACUUCCGGAAGCAAAGCUUGGUUCUUCAACUAUGCUUCGUCCCGGGGAUUGGGUAAUAGCCAUGGGUUGUCCGCAUUCCCUUCAGAAUACUGUCACUGCUGGUAUUGUAAGUUGCGUUGACCGUAAAAGCAGUGAUUUGGGAUUUAGUGGCUCGCCCAGAGAGUAUUUACAAACAGAUUGUGCAAUUAAUGUGGGAAAUUCUGGAGGGCCACUUGUCAAUAUGGAUGGAGAAAUUGUUGGAGUGAACAUCAUGAAAGUGUUGGCUGCUGAUGGGUUGGGUUUUUCCGUACCAAUCGACUCUGUGUGUAAAAUUAUAGAGCAUUUCAAGAAAAGUGGGAGAGUAAUACGGCCAUGGCUUGGACUAAGAAUGCUUGAUCUAAAUGAGAUGAUUAUUGAGCAGCUUAAAAAGAAAGACGCUUCAUUCCCUAAUGUCAAUAAGGGCAUUCUUGUACCAAUGGUAACUCCUGGGUCCCCUGGUGAUCGUGCUGGGUUCCGUCCUGGUGAUGUUGUCGUUGAAUUUGACGGAAAGCCCGUGGAAAGCAUGAAGGAGGUGAUUGAAAUGAUGGUGGACAAAGUUGGGGUGCCCAUCAAGGUUGUAGUUAAAAGAGCGAAUGAUAAAUUUGCAACUUUAACUGUGAUUCCGGAGGAAUCCAAUCUCAGCUUGUAGGAGACUGUUGCAAAUUACACAAAAAAAGUGGCCUUGUUUCAUUGUUGGCGUUCUAAUUGUGAACAAGUGAUAUAAUUGGUGUAUUUUGCACAAGUUUUUUUAAUCUCUUGUUCCACCAACAUGACCUAAAAAUAAAGGUUCUACCAGCUUUGUUGUACACCAUCAACACUAAAUUUUUCUCCCUCUUCCUCCCGUUCACUCCUUCCACGCCAAGGGUCCUAAAUGGAGAGGAUCUCAACUCA